AGCAGUGUGUGUCUUCAGAAGUGGCCUUGCAUGGUUUUGGGCCUAUACUGCUGUUGCGGGAGAAGAACCAGCAAGGCGAGUGUGUCAGCCGACCCCGGUUUCAGGGAGAAAUAAGGUCUAAGAACUUUAGCAAAAGUUGCAACAAUGCCAAAGAAGAAGGGACGCAGGCGAGCGCCGCUGACCGAAGAAGAACGUUUGCUUAUGAUGCAACAGAGGCAACUGGCCGAGGAGGAAAUGAUCAAGAAGAAAGAGGACAUGCUGGCUCAGUUCCUAAAGGACAAACUGGCCAAGGAGGAGCAUAAUAGCACUGUGAACAUGCACAAGAUCAACCUGCAGUGGCGCACGGUCCUCCGCGAAGUCAAGGCCAGAGAGCUACGCAAAGACAUUGAGAUUCUCAGCCAGACCUUUGAACGUGUGGUGGACUGCAAAGACAAUGUCAUUAGGUCCCUUGCUAAGGACCUUGCUGAAGCGGAAGCUCAAUAUGCGCAUGCCCUACGCAGCCACCUGCGCAACAUUGACCAGCUACUACAGUUGCAGCGAUGCCGCCUGGGAUACUUAGAAGAGGAUUACCAGACUGAGUUACGAGCCCUGCAGAAGGAGUUUGACACAGAGAGGAAGAUGAUCAUAGGGCAUCACGAUCAGGAGACCCGCUACAUUCAGGAUGUGCUGCUGGCUAUGGAACAAAAUUUUGCUGACAGUGAAUAUGAGGCCAGGCUAGAUUUCCAGAGUACGAGAGAUGAUGUGAAGAACAAGAACUUGGAGGAGAAGCAUUACCUUCGUGUGCAAUUAGAGGGUAAAGUGGAAAAUCUGUGGAAACGCUUCCAGCAAGCCUUGCGUAACUAUACAGAGGCCACAGAGGACCGCAAAAUUGCCUUCGAAGCUCUCAGACUCAGGGAUGAGAGGAGCACCAAGGAAAUUGAGAUGCAGAUGAGGAAGCUGCAGAAGAUGCAGGACCUCAUAAUCACUCUGAGGAACAAGAUUGCCCUUCAUGCACGGGAAAGCGAGGAGCAAAAUCGGCGUGUUCGUGACGAGAAGGAGUUGGUGCUGAAACAGCUUCAGAAGCUCAAGUCCCUGAUGAACCGGGCCAGAGCCAAAGCCCGCAACAAUCUGGCAAAGCUUACCAGGGAGAGCACUGGGACUCUCAAAACACUGGAACAUGUGGUAGAGAAGGGAGAACUGAUUCUGCGCCUGGCUGAAAUGUGUCGCCGGUUGGAGUCUGAGGAGGAGAAGGUGCUGCCGUUUUAUGCAAGCUCUCUUAGCUGGGAUGAGCAGAGGACUGCAGAUAAGAUCAUCAUGGAGAAGCCUGUUGAACCACUGGCAGAGAUGAUGCAAGACUAUGUGGGGCUGGAGCGCUUCUGGCAAAGAUACAACAAGGUGAGGCUGGAGCAGCUGUCACUGGAGCGGACCAAGGAAGCACUGCUCCAGGACAAUCUUAAACUGAGGCAACUGCUCAAGCAGUACCUGGAUGGCAUCUCCGUUAACGAUGAAGUUCUAAGCCAGAUCAAUCCUUUGAUGAUUGUUAACCAGUCAGCUGUUAUGCCAUCUCCUAAACAACCUAUGUCUGUCAGAGAAGACCGGGUCAAGCGGCCUAUCUAUAAUGUCGUCGAGGCAGCACAUGAAGUCAAGCGUAUCCUCUGAGCAAGCGCAUGGUGAUUCCAGAGUGCCCCUCUCUGCUUCAUUGGCCGAUCUUUGGGCAUAAAGAAGAGCUAGGCUCUCUCAGCUAGAGGUCUGUACUGGGACCUUCAGAGGAAGGAUGUUCCCACGGCAAGCUGCCAUUAAAGAGUUAAAACUGAGCUGAAGUCUAUGUCUUUUCUCCCUUUUGUAAGCAAACCCCAAACUCCAUAUACUGGGUACUUGGACUGUGGUGUGUCCACAAGCUGAGUAACCCCCACUUCAAUUUCAAUAACAUGUAAUCAGUACUUUAUGGGAUGGAUGCUG